GCCGAAAUUUUCAAUCACUUCAUAGUCGCAAUUUGUGAUCUUCUUCAAAAUGAAGCUAUCUAAUUUUCUUGCGUUCCAUUCUUUGAUUAUUUUGCUAUCGGCAAAAUUAGCUUUCUCGGCGGAGCUAUGGCUAUUCUGUGGGUCCUACGAUAACUACACAUCAACGGAGUUGGAUAACCCCCUACCUCUACUGACAAACACGUGUUUCAACAACGCACUGAGAUCAGUGAUCUACGCGUUUGGGUACAGCACAACACCUGCUGAUGACAUCACCAAGAUAGUGAUCAAUGGUUACCUGCAAGCUGGAGAAAUAAACACUUUCUUAUUGAACUGGGAGAAAGAAGCCAACUCAGGAGAUUCGGUUAUCGGAUAUGUACUGAAGUAUCCGACGACGGCUGUCCCGAAUGCGAUUAAGGUCGGUAAAACAUGCGGUAUAGCACUAGACAUAAUGUCUGACUCCACGCUAAACCUAGAAACAACUCAUCUUCUUGGCCAUUCCCUGGGGGCGCAUUUGGUAGGAUUCUGCGGUACGGAACUACAGAGUUACGACAAGAUUGUAGGAAGAGUUACAGGCAUGGACCCGGCUGGCCCGGGAUUCGCGGGGCCCAUCUCCUUGCACGGCAUCACGGAAACCUGCGGUACGUUCGUGGACGCCUACCACACCGACCCAGGCGUGUUCGGUAUCGACGAGCCAGUCGCCCAACUGGACGUCUGGUUCAACUGCGACGACAAAUACCAGCCGAAGUGUGAAAAUGUGACAUUGUUGGGAAAAGAUAGUUGCAGUCAUCUUUCUAUUAACUACUACGUCGCCGAGAUGAUUGUCAAUCCCACGGCUUUCGUCGCAUCCACAGCUGACUCCUGCAGCAAGUGGAAGUCUCAAAAUACCACCAGCGAUUUGAUCUACGUCGGCGAAGAUACUGACCCUCUAGCUCGUGGUAAUGCUUACUUGAGGACCAACGCGCUAUCCUCAUACGCAAUGGGGCUUGAUGGAGCCGUCGCGUCCACCUAGACAUCUAUUUCUCACUUACAACCCGGCUGCACAACAACCGAGUGAAAUGCAAUAAAUAAAUUAAUAUGAC